AUGUCUGAGCUGGGAGGCCUGGGCGGCAGCCCUAGAGCGGGACACAGCCUCACUCAGGUCUCUGUAGCACACAACGUGUUUUUAACCUCAGGUGUUUGUUUCAGGAUGUACACAGAAGAGGAAGCUAGGAAAUUAGGAGUGGUUGGCUGGGUUAAAAAUACCAGUCAAGGAACUGUAACGGGCCAAGUUCAGGGCCCAGAAGACAAAGUAAAUGCAAUGAAAUCCUGGCUGAGUAAAGUUGGAAGCCCAAGUUCUCGCAUAGAUCGAACAAAUUUUUCAAAUGAAAAGGAAAUUCCCAAGCUUGACUUCUCAGGAUUUAGCACUAGAUACUAA